UGGGCACGACGAUGCUGGAGCUGCACGCGCCUCAUCCGUUGCGUGAGAGCGCUGACGCACAGCGGCAGCAGCGGCACAGAUGAGCGGCACCGCUGCCUCUCAACCAGUCUCCGAGUCUGACGGGAAAAACAGAGACAUGCACACGCCCGUGGAGCUACAGGCCCUGACCGCAGCAGCGAGCAUCGAGGACGGUGACAUGGCGGGAUUUCUGGAUUGAGUGGAGGCGCGCAUCUUCUUCUGAUUGAGGAGGGACACGGCUGCUCGUCCUGGAGAUGGACGGGGGCACUGCGGAACCCGGAGAUGACGGCUCUGCCAGCCUCAGCAUACAGCUCGACCUGGGGGACACUGAUUCAGCCAGGAGGGCUCAGACAACAGAGAUGCCGUCCCCGUUCGGAGCGGGCCUAGCCAACGAGAGGAAGAUCGGCCACAGGAGGGUCGACGCCUCUGGAGAGACGACAUACAAGAAGACCACCUCCUCUGCCUUGAAAGGGGCCAUCCAGCUGGGUAUUGGCUACACCGUUGGCAACCUCAGCUCCAAGCCUGAGAGAGACGUGCUGAUGCAGGACUUCUACGUGGUCGAAAGCAUCUUCUUCCCCAACGAAGGCAGCAACCUCACGCCCGCCCACCACUACCUAGACUUCAGGUUUAAAACCUACGCUCCUGUUGCCUUCCGCUACUUCAGAGAGCUGUUUGGGAUCCGACCUGAUGACUACCUGUAUUCUCUGUGUAAUGAGCCGUUGAUCGAGUUGACGAAUCCAGGAGCUAGUGGCUCCAUAUUUUACGUCACCCGUGAUGAUGAGUUUAUCGUCAAAACCGUGCAGCACAAGGAGGCUGAGUUUCUACAGAAGCUGCUCCCUGGAUACUACAUGAACCUGAACCAGAACCCCCGGACUUUGCUGCCAAAGUUUUUUGGGCUCUAUUGCGUCCAGUGUGGGGGGAAGAACAUCAGAGUUGUCGUGAUGAACAACAUUUUACCACGCUCCGUACGCAUGCACCUCAAGUUCGACCUGAAGGGCUCUACGUACAAGAGGCGAGCUUCCAAGAAGGAGAGAGAGAAGUCCAAACCUACUUUCAAAGACCUGGACUUUCUGUGCGACGUUCCUGACGGCCUCAUUAUGGACCAAGACACAUACAGUGCUCUGGUCAAAACGCUACAGAGAGACUGUCUGGUUCUGGAGAGUUUUAAGAUCAUGGACUACAGUUUGCUGCUUGGUGUCCACAAUAAGACCCAAGCAGAGAGAGAGUAUCAGUCCCAGGGUUCGCCUUCGGCCGGGGGGGAUGAAAAGAGGCCGGCAGCCCAGAGAGCCCUGUACUCCACUGCUAUGGAGUCUAUACAGGGAGGCUCCACAUGCAGGGAUACACUGGACCAUGACGACACUAUGGGUGGCAUUCCAGCUGUCGGUGGUAAGGGAGAGCGCCUCCUGCUGUUCAUCGGGAUUAUUGAUAUUCUACAGUCUUACAGACUGAUUAAGAAACUGGAGCACUCCUGGAAGUCGCUCAUCCAUGAUGGGGACACAGUGUCAGUCCACAGACCUGCUUUCUAUGCUGACAGGUUCUUCAAAUUCUGCAGCACCAUUGUGUUCAAGAAGAGCAGCUCAUUGCGAUCCUCUCCAUCUAAGAGGGGCCGAGGGGCUCUCUCCAUGUCCAAGUCCAGUGCAGGAACCAGCUCAGCUGGACAGAGACCCUCAGUGAGCGACGAGAGGCAGGAGAACCUGGACAACCUGGAGAACCUGGACAACCUGGAGAACCUGCGCGGAGCUCACAGCUUCCCCAUGCUGGAGGACAAUGGGAGAGAACCACCCUGCACUCCGCCGUCAUUUGAAGACGCCACCACGGCGUCUAUUGCGACCACGCUUUCUUCCAACAACUCCUUACCCACCACCCCCUUCGAUACACCGGAGCACCCACGCUACAGGAGGCAACUGCACUCACCGAGUGUGGUCAGGUCACAAAAAGAGGUGGUUGAGGUUCAUGGGGAAAGGCAGGACACCAUAACAGUGGAGGUGGAGUUAAGUAAAAUCCCCCAGAGCACGGAGCUCACACAGAUGACAGAGAGGACCUCUCCCGGCCACCUGUCACUGGAUCAUCAGCCCGGCACCUUCACUCCCUCCACCCCUCCCUCUGUCAGUCCGUCCGCAGCCCAUUCCUCCUCUACCCUUCCUCCUUCCUUCGUUUCUUCCUCUUCCGCUGCCCAAGCCGCCGGGAAGUCUUCCUCCACCACGCUCUCCUCAUCCAUCUGUCCGUCCACCAAACCACUCACCUCUCCCACGGCUGCUCAGACUUCCACUCCCUCUCCUCUGAUCUCUCACUCAGCCGCACCAUCCACACGUCCCACCUCGGCCAACGCCUCCACGCUUCCUCCCGCCUCGGCAUUUACUCCCAUCUGCCCCGCGUCUUCUUACUCCCCCACCCAAAGCUCCUCUCACCCUCUCCCCUCGACACCUCCCUCCUCUGUCCCUCCGAGCCCCCAGGUGCCUCAGCGGGUGCCGCGCACGUCGUGCAAUCAGCUGUCUUUGUCCGGCAGCCACAACUCUUUGGAUGGAGAGGUGCAGGUGUCCGACAUCUAUUUUUACGCAGACGGCAGAUACUGGGUGUACUCUCCAGUGCUUGGCCGUCGUAAGCUAAACUCUAGCUUGAGUUACAAUACUCAGGAGGAUCGGAGCUGGGUGUACUCUCCUCUGCACAGCUCAGCCACCAGAAGGGGCUCAGAUGGGGAGAGUGAGACAUAACUCAAGGUGGAGACGGCAGUGACAGGAGCUGAGAGGUUUAAUAAUAAAGCCGCCAGGACUCGAUGAAGAUUCAACCCUGGGUGGCCAAGCUGCACGCGGACGCCCCGCUUCGCCAACUGUGACAGACUCGAAGGAAUGAAUUUAGAAGUAUACGACAAUGCACAGACAAACAGUUAUCAAAAUAUUAUGCAAGAAAAAAAAAAUUCAUGAAUCUUAAACUAUUGAUUCAUGGACAAUCUGACUGACAUCAAGUGGAGAAAUGAACUAGGGAUGAAUUCUGUGGCUUUAAGUCAGGUGGUGUUGUUGGUCCUGCUGUGGAGGUGUUUAGUGUCCAUCAGUCACAUGCACUGUGCCAGCUCUGGCUAUGCAAUACAGACGUACAGGACGGGAUCCCAGUUCCUCUUUUUGACUGAUUAUGAGUUUAUUCAUGCUUUUAUUUUCCAUUAGGGGCAUGUCAAUGCUGUAUAUAAUCUUGAUUUUUAGCACUUUAUCGGUCAUUUGAAACCAUUUAUGUUUGUUAUUGUGUGAAAAAACUGACACUGAAACGGUCAAUGAUGUUGUGUGUUUGCACCGUGUUCUGUUUCUCCAGUGGUGUGUGGUGAUCCACUUGAUCUGACAGUGAAUGGUCGUGUUUCAAAAUGCCUUAUCGACAAACUCGUUUUUGAUAUUUCAGUCCCAUCAUUUUAAAAGCAAUCAUUUAAAAAAAAAAAGAGGAAAUAUAUAAAAAGUAUUAUAUUAUGCGUAAAUACCAGAUCUAUAGCAGCCAUGCAUUUACACCUUAUCAGGUUUAGAAAAUGUACAUCAAAUGAAAAAAAUAAUCUAAUUAUCUUUUGUAUAUUGUGGAGAAAAUGUGUGUUGUGUGUGCUCAAGCACAUGCAUGUAAGUCUGUACGUGCCCUCAUGUGUCAGUGUGUGCAUGUGUUUGCAUGCAUGUGAUGUGUGAUUGGGAGAUUUUUCUGUCUUCCCUAAUUGUCAAAAUGUCAAAAGCUAAAUGUAACUUCCAUUUAAUGUUAUAAACCGUGAAGGUCUGAAGCAGCUAUGAGCAUGUUGGCUGUGACAUAUCUGAGAAACAUCAAACAGGACGUGAACGACGCGGAAUAAACAGAACUGAGCUUCUC